CGGGGCUAGCUUUGUAGCCGGCCUGGGCCGCAAGACUGAGCCGGCGCGUGAGUGACAGCUGGCGGGGCCGCCGGCUCUGCGCCGGGUGGGGGCAGUGAGGGGAGGAGCGCGGCUGCCUAUUGGCUGGCGCGAGUGUGGGAAAGAAUGCGGAGCCGGGUUCACACACCCGCCGCGGCGCGGCUUUAAAUAGCUGGGAGGCAGGCGCUGCGCGCGGGCCUGGAGCCGGAGACUCGCCAGGGGGGCGCGGAACUCGGCUGCCCGCCGCUCGCUCGCCCUCCAGCCGCGCUGGGACCCCGGCGGCUCCUCCCGGCACCGGGAGGCACCGGGAGGCGCGGGGGCGCACCAUGCCCGCAGACACCCCGGGGAAGUCUAGCGCCUCGCCGCUGGCUGGAGCGCCGGCCAGCGCCAGCCAGAUCCCAGACAAGCCCCGGAGUGCGGUUGAGCACCGCAAGUCCUCCAAGCCAGUCAUGGAGAAGCGACGCCGAGCGCGCAUAAAUGAGAGCCUCGCUCAGCUCAAGACCCUCAUCCUGGACGCCCUCAGAAAAGAAAGCUCCCGCCAUUCGAAGCUGGAGAAGGCGGACAUCCUGGAGAUGACUGUGAGACAUUUGCAGAACCUGCGUCGCGUUCAGGUGACAGCCGCGCUCAGCGCCGACCCCGCCGUCCUGGGCAAGUACCGCGCCGGCUUCAACGAGUGCCUGGCCGAGGUGAGCCGCUUCCUGACCGGCUGCGAGGGUGUCUCGGCCGACGUGCGCUCUCGCCUGCUUGGCCACCUGGCGUCCUGCCUGCGCCAGCUGGGGCCCUCCCGCCGCCCAGCCUCGCUGCCCGCCACGGCCCCCGCCGUGGAGGCUGGGGCGCCCGAGGUCUACGCAGGCCGCGCGCUCCUGCCCGCGCUCGACUGCGCCUUUCCCCUGCUGCGCCCUGGGGCCGCCUUCGCGCCGCCGCUCCCAGCAGGCCUGACCCGGGCGCUCCCCGCCGACCCCAGGUCGGGGCCUCAGGGCCAGGGCGGGCCGUGGAGACCGUGGCUGAGAUGAGGCUUCGGCCUUCAGACUGCAGCGGAGGCCGCGCCCGGUUCUGGGCCGCUUGGCCUUUGCCAGAGAACACUGUUUCUAGAGGCUGUGUCGAGAGUCUGUGUUUUCUCCUGUCUCUGUGAAACUUAGGAUUUGACAGCUGGUAGCCCAGGCCCACUGCAGUCCUGCCGCCCUGGGUCCCCCGGCUUUGGGCUGCCCACCCCUCCCCCGCCUGGCCUGCAGAGGCCCGGGUCUGCCGUCUGCCCUCGUCUGCACAGGAGCCAGCAACGUGCCUCGGGGUGGGGUGGGAGGGGUCCCCCAGGAGGCUCAGGCACCAAGUUUCCCAGGAUGUGUCCCAGCACUGGAAGGCCGGCACACAGCAUCAAUGGCAAGGGGCCCUUGGUGCCUGGAUUCACUGGAAGGAGUCAGGGUCCUGCUGUAUUCGCUCCCCUCCCUGGAAAGUCUAUACCCCAGGGGAUACAGACUGCAGGAUCCUCCCUCCCACGAAUCCUGAGCACCUGCUGUCGGGCGAGGCAGAGAAUACCGGGCAGCGCUGGACAUGCACCCUGAGCAACCCCUGCAGUCACCACCCUGCUGUCCUGGCCCCUGGAGGCUGCUGGGGGCUUUGCUGCAGCGCCAUGAGGGGCUGGUCCACGGCACAGGAGCCCAGACUGUGGAGUGUCUCGUCCUGAGCCCCCGCUGGAGGCGGCACCAACAUCCACUUGCCAACUGCGGCUGAUUUCGUCGGACAUUUGCCCACAGCCCGCCUGGCUGGGGUCCCUGGGGAGGCGGGUGAGUCAUCUCUCCACAGGCCGGUCCAUCCCCUCCUCCAAGGCUCCCGGACACACCUGAGUGUCAUUCACCUGAGUGUGGUUCACCUGGGCCUCCCAGACACAAGCGUGCACACCUGGGCAGGAACCUCCAAGUCCCCACCAAGCCAGUCAGGCCCAGCUCUCUGCCUUGCACACCUCCUGGGCAUCCAAGGGCUGGUUCGGCAAGCCUGGAUGGGUGGGGGCAGCCACUCGGGCCAAGCACUGCACCCUUGGAUGUGUGCUUGUUGGUCCUGGUCCCGGGAGCCUCAGAGUAGCCCUUCCCCCUUCAGAGCUGGGGCACCUGCUCUGUGAGGAAGCUAGGUGUUGAUGUUCCUCAGGCUGCAUGAGGCAUCAGCCCUCCUCAGCAGGAGGGGCCAUGGGAAGCUCAGCCUGGUGUAAGGAGCUGCCCGGGGAAGGCCUCAGUGCAGAAGCAGGGAGGGGGCCUGGGUGCUUUGGGAAGUGAAGCUGCGUGUGUGUGGGCAGAGCUGGCCCCACAUGUCCUAGAGGAAGAGGAGGGACCCCCCAACCUGUAGGGGCCAGGGGAGGUGGGUCGCCUUAUUCCUCCUCCCCCAGAGAGGGCAGCCACCUCCAAUGACCACGCCCCAGAGACCUUAAUUCCUUGCACCCCCCCCCCAAUUGCUAAAGGAAAUCUUUGCAGGAGCCCUCCUUGGGGACCUCUCAGGCCCUGGGGCCACACCCAUCAGACAGGCGAGCUCCCCAGGCUAUCCCUUGUUCUCAGCCUACCCCCUGCAAUGCUCUCUCCAUUUCCCACACGACUCCUGGACCAUCCCAUCCCCCUGCUGGCUGGUGGUAUGUUGUCCGGACCCAGCCUGACUGGCCACACCUCUACCCCUCACCUCUGGCCUCAGCGCCUGCCUGAAACAGCGAAUCCCAAUCCAUCCUCAUCUAAUGGGUUAGAGGAGGGAGGCCUCAGGAAGCACGGCCUAGGCUGAGGCUGGGCCCCCAGGGUGGGGGCCUGGGCUGGGAGGGCAGCUGGGUCUCAGGAACAGCUGAGCGCCCCCCACCAAAGCCUCUCCCACAUGCAGCCAGGAUGCCUGCUGGAACCUGCUUCCUGGGGCCCCAACUUUGGGAUGCUCCCUCUCACAGCAGGGUGUUAGGGUCCUAACCCAAACCUCCCACAUAAUUCCUACCCUGCCCCUGGCCUCAGAAGGAAGUCCCUAGGGGAUGGGCUCUGGGCCAGUCCCCUGUCCCUCAGCCUCUCCCAGCUGUUUCUAUGUCGGCUUUUGUCUUGCAGUGGCUGCCUGCUGUGUAGUGGGUGGUGCCCCUUCCCUGGAGGCGUGGGUGUGGCUGCAAACGCCGACCACUCCCCCCAGUUCAUCUGCCACUGCUGCCUUCCAAUCCCAGUGCUUGGCCCCCACGGAGGGCCAAUAAAUGUUUGCUGAAACAUUA